GCCGGCUGUGCGGGUUUUCGCUCUGUUCUCUGGGGCCCCGGCGCGCAGCGGCUUCCGAGAUGGCAGUGCAGCCGAAGGAGAUGCUGCAGCUGGAGGGCGCGGCCGAGACCGGCUUCGUGCGUUGCUACGAGGCCAUGCCCGAGAAGCCCGCCACCACCGUGCGCCUCUUCGACCGCGGCGACUUCUACACGGUGCACGGCGACGACGCGCUGCUGGCCGCCCGCGACGUGUUCAAGACCCAGGGGGUGCUCAAGUACUGGGGGCCGCCAGGAGCAAAGACACUGCAGACGGUUGUGCUUAGUAAAAUGAAUUUUGAGUCUUUUGUAAAAGAUCUUCUCCUAGUUCGUCAGUAUAGAGUCGAAGUUUAUAAGAAUAAAGCUGGAGGUAAAGCAUCCAAGGAGAAUGAUUGGUAUUUGGCAUUUAAGGGUUCUCCUGGGAAUCUCUCCCAGUUUGAAGAUGUUCUCUUCAGUAACAAUGACAUGUCAGUUUCCAUUGGUGUCAUGGGCAUUAAGAUGUCCACAGUUGAUGGUCAACGACAGGUUGGAGUCGGUUAUGUUGACUCAAUACAGAGAAAGCUGGGAUUGUGCCAGUUUCCUGAUAACGAUCAGUUCUCCAAUCUCGAGGCUCUUCUGAUUCAAAUUGGCCCAAAGGAAUGUAUUUUACCAGGAGGAGAGACUGCUGGAGACAUGGGGAAGCUGAAGCAGAUUAUUCAGAGAGGAGGAAUUCUGAUCACAGAAAAGAAAAGAACUGACUUUUCCACAAAGGAUGUUUAUCAGGACCUCAACCGGUUAUUGAAAGGCAGAAAGGGAGAGCAGAUGAACAGCGCUGUCUUGCCAGAAAUGGAGAAUCAGGUUGCUGUGUCAUCAUUGUCCGCAGUCAUCAAGUUUUUAGAGCUCUUAUCAGAUGAGUCAAACUUUGGACAAUUCGAACUGGCUACUUUUGACUUCAGCCAGUUCAUGAAAUUGGACAUUGCAGCAGUUAAAGCUCUCAACCUUUUCCAGGGUUCUGUUGAAGAUACCACUGGGUGUCAGUCUCUGGCUGCAUUGCUGAAUAAAUGUAAAACAGCUCAAGGACAAAGACUUGUUAACCAGUGGAUUAAACAGCCCCUCAUGGAUAAGAACCGAAUAGAAGAGAGAUUAAACUUAGUGGAAGCUUUUGUGGAAGAUGCAGAAUUGAGGCUGACUUUACAAGAAAACUUGCUUCGUCGAUUCCCAGAUCUCAACCGAAUGGCUAAAAAGUUCCAGAGACAAGCAGCCAAUUUACAAGAUUGUUACCGACUCUAUCAGGGCAUAAAUCAACUCCCUAACGUCAUACAGGCUCUGGAGAAAUACGAAGGCCGACACCAGCCGUUACUGUUGGCAGUUUUUGUGACUCCUCUUAUUGAUCUUCGUUCUGAUUUCUCCAAGUUUCAGGAAAUGAUAGAAACAACGUUAGAUAUGGAUCAGGUGGAAAACCAUGAAUUUCUUGUGAAACCUUCAUUUGAUCCUAAUUUGAGUGAAUUAAGAGAAGUGAUGGAUGGCCUGGAAAAGAAGAUGCAGUCUACGUUAAUAAACGCAGCCCGAGGUCUCGGAUUGGAUCCUGGCAAGCAGAUUAAACUGGAUUCCAGUGCACAGUUUGGAUAUUAUUUUCGUGUAACUUGCAAGGAAGAGAAGGUCCUUCGCAACAAUAAGAACUUCAGCACAGUAGACAUUCAGAAGAACGGUGUUAAGUUCACCAACAGUGAAUUGUCCUCUCUCAAUGAAGAAUAUACUAAGAACAAAGCUGAGUACGAGGAAGCCCAGAAUGCCAUUGUUAAGGAAAUUGUCAACAUUUCUUCAGGCUACGUAGAGCCAAUGCAGAUACUCAGUGACGUCCUAGCUCACCUCGAUGCUGCCGUCAGCUUUGCCCACGCGUCACAGGGAGCCCCUGUGCCGUACGUGCGACCGGUCGUUUUGGAGAAAGGACAAGGAAGGAUUACCCUGAAAGCGUCCCGACACCCCUGUGUUGAAGUUCAAGAUGAAGUUGCAUUUAUUCCUAAUGAUGUACACUUUGAAAACGAUAACCAGAUGUUCCACAUCAUUACUGGCCCUAAUAUGGGAGGUAAAUCAACGUACAUCCGUCAGACUGGGGUGAUAGUGCUCAUGGCUCAGAUUGGAUGUUUCGUGCCCUGCGAGUCAGCGGAAGUGUCCAUUGUGGAUUGCAUCUUGGCUCGGGUCGGGGCUGGCGACAGUCAGCUGAAAGGCGUGUCCACGUUCAUGGCUGAAAUGCUGGAAACCGCUUCCAUUCUCAGGUCUGCAACCAGAGAUUCCUUAAUAAUCAUCGAUGAAUUGGGACGCGGAACCUCUACUUACGAUGGCUUUGGGCUGGCAUGGGCCAUAUCCGAAUACAUUGCAACAAAGAUUGGUGCUUUCUGCAUGUUUGCAACCCAUUUUCAUGAACUUACUGCUCUGGCCAGUCAAAUACCAACUGUUAAUAAUCUACAUGUCACGGCCUUAACCACUGACGACACCUUAACGAUGCUCUACCAGGUAAAGAAAGGUGUCUGUGAUCAGAGUUUUGGGAUUCAUGUUGCCGAGCUUGCCAACUUCCCUAAGCAUGUAAUAGAUUGUGCCAAACAGAAAGCCCUGGAACUUGAAGAGUUUCAGAAGAUCGGAAUUUCACAAGCACGCGACGAAAUGGAGCCAUCAGCAAAGAAACGCUACCUGGAAAGAGAGCAAGGUGAAAAAAUUGUUCUGGAGUUUCUGUCCAAGGUGAAGCAAAUGCCCUUUACUGAAAUGUCAGCAGAAAACAUCACGAUAAAGUUAAGGCAACUGAAAGCUGAGGUGAUAGCAAAGAACAACAGUUUCGUUAACGAAAUCAUUUCACGAAUAAAGGUCUCUACAUGAGAAGACUCAACCCGUGGAAUGAAGACAGAAUGGACGAGCCGUUGUCCAUAAGACUUGGGGGUUGUUCCGUAUUAACCUUUAUACCACAGUAUAACCGGUGUGUCCACUUUCAAUACAGUAUAGCAAUGCUUCCGUCGAGAGCUGUAACUCAGGACUGAUUAGAUGGCCGUGGGCAGUAGUAUGCAUUAUGCCAAACUUUAUAAAUAAAAUCACGUAGUUGAUGGAAUUUCAAA